UGCUUGCGACGUGUAGUGGUUCUCUUCGAUACGUGGAUUCCCUGAGCAGAAAGUGUUCCGAAAGUGCACAGGCAGCUUGGUUAUUGAGUGAGCUGGAACGAUUGUCGCGGUCGCAAAUCCCAUCCAACUCUGAGCAAGUCCAGAGCAUCUCCGUGUGUGUUUUCUAAACGGUGAAAGACUGAUUUUAUUAGUUCCCCAGUGAUUAUUCAUCGCUGAGCCAACAGAAUCAUCAAAAUGCCUGCUCCAGCAAGUUCCACAUCCGUUGGAAGCGGAAGUCGAUCUCCCACAAAGCCCACGUCGGCACCUCGAGCAAGCGGCGCUGGAGGCUCGAGCAAUCUGAAACAACGGAAGACCACCACCACGACCACUGCUGCCAGGAAUCGCACCACUGGCACCGGAUCCGGUGGUAUGUGGCGCUUCUACACCGACGAUUCUCCUGGCAUCAAAGUUGGCCCAGUCCCAGUCUUAGUGAUGUCUUUGCUAUUCAUUGCGUCCGUGUUUAUGCUGCACAUCUGGGGCAAGUACACUCGCUCGUAAGGACAUUAGA